AUGCCUCCCAAGAAGGUACUCAUCAUCCUCAGCGAUGCGCACAGUUUCCCUCUCAAGAAGACCAGAGGAAAUGAAGCUGGCAAGGUAGUCGAGCAGCCCUCGGGGUUCUUCCUACAGGAACUCGCAAAGCCUUUACAGAAACUACUCGACGCUGGCCAUGAGGUGACCUUCGCCUCCCCCAAAGGCCAAGAACCAGCUCCAGACCCCAAUAGCGAGUCAUUGCUCGCCUACGCAGGCAACUUCUACGAGCGUCAACGUGAGCAGGAUCUGAUUGAGCGCAUGAGACGAGAGAACGGAUUUAGCCGGCCCCGUCCAUUCAGUACCAUCAGCGAUGAUGAGCUGGCCACCUUUGCAGGAGUCUUCAUCCCUGGUGGACACGCGCCCCUACAGGAUUUAGGUGCGGACCCGGAAUUAGGCCGAAUUUUGCGCUUUUUCCAUCGAGAAAAUAAACCCACCGCUGUGAUAUGCCAUGGGCCAUACGCACUGCUAAGCACGAAGGAAGCGGGGGAUGGGAAUUUCGUUUAUAGGGGAUACAAGAUUACCUCGUGGAGUGAUGCCGAGGAGAAGGUCAUGGAGACCUUGUUGGGUGGGGAGAUUGACAAGGUCGAGUCGGCAUUGAGAGACGAAGGCGCGGUAAUGAUCGAGGGUGCACCGGAGAAGAUUGGCGGCACAACACUGCAUCGGGAGCUAGUUAGUGGGGGUAAUCCCUUGGCUGCGAAUGCCUUAGGAGAUCGAUUUGUAAGGAUGAUCAGCGUCUAG